UUCAGCUUCACCCACAGCCCGAAUCACCACCCGCCAUGUCCACAUCCACCCCGUCCACAUCCCACACAGGCACCUGCCUCUGCCGCGCCAUCCACUUCACCGUCACCGGCCCCCCCACCGCAGUCUACUGCUGCUACUGCCGCGACUGCUCCCUCGGUGCCGGGGGACCCUGCCAGAUCACCGCACGCUACCCCCGCUCCCAAUUCACCCUCGACGACACACAAGGACAGCUACGCACCUACGCGAUCACCGAGACUGCGAGCGGGGCCCCCAAGCACAAGUAUUUCUGCGGGAUGUGCGGAUGCACCGUCUACACAGUCCCGCACGCGACCGAGGGCGGGGGGAUUGUUGUGGUGCGGCCGGCGUUGAUUCCUAAUGGAUUGGAGAUCUUCCGGCCGCAGAUUGAGUGUUUUACGCGGCAUCGGCCUGGGUGGUUUGCGGGGUGUGAGGCGGUGGGGGAGAGGUUUGAGGGGAGUUCGAGGGGUUAG